AUGUGGAGAGGUAUGGUAGCAUGGUUCAAGAAACCAUUCUUUUAUGAUAUCAAAAAGAAGUCGGACAUAUGGCGGAGGUUUAUCUUCCCUUUAAGAUUCAGCCUCACACUAUUUGCUGUCGCUAUCUCGAUGAUCGUAUGGGGUAUGUACAGCGAGACCGUCCGUCUGCACGGUUUCUGGGCUGUCAUACCGGUUUAUGUUAGCUUCCUUCCAACGGCUGGUGCAUCUCUCCUUAAAGGUACACGAAGGAUAUGUGGUACUCUCUUGGGCGGUAUUGCCUCUGUUAUCUGCAUCUUCGCUAAUCCUGGCAACAAAGCUGCUUUCUUCUGUGAGAUGAUAUUGGUGGUAUUUAUGGGUAGGUUGGCUCAAUGUGAUACUCGUGUUGGUUAUGCAGGUUCUAUUCUCACGCCCGGGGAGACACAGACGCAAAUGCUCCUGACUGCACUCUGGCGAUUUAUUUUCACAACCUGCGGAGUUCUCAUAACAUCAUUCUCGAGUUGCUUCAUAUUCCCAGAAUUCGCUGCCUCUAAGUUGGAUCGAGCAUCGGCGAGAAUGCUCGAGAAGGUCGCCGACAGGGUACUCUCGGCUCUUGAUGUCUUCCAUGGUCAACUCAAGGCACUUAGCGAGGGUAAUGAUUCCUCUGCUGACGACGAUCAGACAGUUACUUCUACUAUCAUCUCCGAUGACCGGGAAGCUUUUGGUGUCGAAGAUUUCCAGUCGAUGGCUGAGCGAUCAUCACUCUUGGAUGACGCCAAGAUGGAGGCGAUUGUAUUUGGGAAGAUAUUGCUCAUUCAUGACGUGACGAAGAAACUCUCUAAUACUGUCAUCUAUGCAUUUACGGGAUCCAUUGGCCUCUCGGACUCUCUCUCCUCUACUUGA